UUGAUUAAAAUGGUGAUUCUACUUUACAGUCCAGAUUUAAAAAAGAAUCACUGUCACAAUUUGGAUAUAUUUGAUAACGAAUACCCAUUGCUAAGUAAUAGUGCCAUCAAACUGUUGUCCAUAUUUUCAACCAGUUACCUAUGCGUUAUGCGAAAGAAUCGGCUGUACAAUGCUCCAGAGCUACAUGUUGCAGAAACUUCUUUGAGGCCUCGUUUGCAAUCCUAUAUUGGAAACGAAACAGCAACAGAACUCUCACUAGACCUAAUUGUGUUUGUACAUGAUUUGGCAUGUACAUGUUUUUUAUGUGAAAUGUUUUGUAUGUACAUGUUUUAUAUGUGCCUUUCUUAUACAUAAUGGGUGCCCAGCACUGCAUUUCAUUAUGCAAAUAUAUAAAUAUUUUAUGUUUCAGCCAUUACAAUUUUUGGCCAGCACAUUAUUUCAUAAUUUUUCUUCAUGUGAAAUGUUUUUAAGUUCAUCUUUUUUUGUCUAGAUUUCUAGAAGCAUGUUGAGGGCCCAGCAUUGCAUUAUUUAGCGCAAAUAUAUGGUAUUAUUCUCUGUUCCGGUCCUUUCAUUUUUUUGCCGGUCUGCGAGUACAUUUAAUUAAUUUUACCUGUCCACCAGGGUAGAAACCACUGAUCAACAUUACUGACAUAGCGGAGUCUAACGCUUGAACUACUAAGCCACUGAGGCUCAUUAAAAUAAAACUGAUCUAAAUGGUUAUUUUAUUCUUCACAGGCUCGAUUGUUUUCUUUAUAUCUGGGGUAAACAAAGAUCGUUGCACGCGAUCGAGAAAGCGGCGUUUGUGGUUGUUUUGGACGAUGAAUCCAAUGUAUUAGACGUUGAUGUCGUGACAAUUUUCUCAAAGUUCGUACGUCUGCUGUUGCAUGGAAAAUGCCAUAACAGAUGGUUUGACAAAUCUUUCCAAGUUAUUUUCUACAAAAAUGGGUGAUUCGGAAUGAACGCGGAACAUUCCUGGGCUGACGCUCCGAUCAUGAGUCAUCUUGCGAAAGAAGUCUUGUACGAUGAGUUUGCAAACUUCGGAUAUAAUGAUGACGGUACCUGCGUUGGAGAAUUAACUACGACCCUUCUUCCUCCUCAGCGUUCAUAAUAGAACAUUCCAGAACCUUGCAUCGACGUCAUUUAAACAAGUCUAAAGAUUGCAAAGCUUUUAUCUGAUGACGUAGACCUCCACGUGUUCCCAUUUCGUGAAUUCGGAAAAGGAUUGAUCAAAACUUUCCGAAUGUCUCCUUAUGCUUUUAUCCAAUUGUCUCUUCAACUUGCACAUUUCAGGGACAAAGGUCAUUUCAGUUUAACUUAUGAAGACUCGAUGUCGAGAUUGUUCCGAGAAGGGAGGACUGAGACUGUUCGUUCAUGCAUGACUGAAUCCUGCGCUUUCGUUCGGGCCAUGGAAGAUCCAGAACAAACUGUUGCUGACGAUGGCUACGGUAUCUCCUACAUUAUCUGCCACGAAAACACCAUGAUGUUUCACAUCUCGAGCAAAGUCUCCUCUCACGAGACCAACUCAUCUCGAUUUGCUGAUAACAUCGAAAAAGCAAUGAUGGAUGUGAAGGACCUCUGCGAAUAUGCAAAGAAAAAAUAAUUUGAGAAAAAAAAUUAGGAAUUAUUAUUAGGUUUUAAUGCAUUGUGUUUUAUAAAAUAAAGGGGGGAGCACUGGGGGUAAAAAAGUAGGGGAUUUUAUUUUGAUUUUACUUUUACUUUUGUGUGAAAAAGCGUGUUCUAUUUUUUCUGUAAUAUUUACUGAUUGUGUUUUCAUCUUAGUGUAAAACAGAUUUGGAAACCAAGAAAAAAAAAUUCUGAGGGAUGGGGGAAUUUUUCAGAUAAAUUUGAAUUUGAGUAAAAUUUUAUAUAAAUCACGAUUCAGCAUACUUGCAUAAAUAUUUUGUCAAUUUUGAACAAACCGGCAGUGGCUAGG